AUGGCGGUGUGCGCCCGGCUGUGCGGCGUGGGCCCGGCGCGGGGCUGCCGCCGGCGGGGGGCGGCGCGGGAGCAGCGGCGGGGAGGUGACGGGGACAGCGAGCCCGACACCGACACGGAACCCGAGGAGGCUGCCGGGGCGGCGGAGGACGAGGAGGCGGAGCGCAUCGAAGGCUCGAGGCCUUCGCCGGGUCCCGCCGAGGCGGGUCGGGCCCCGCUGUCCCUGCUGGAGCUGCCCCCGGAGCUCCUGGUGCAGAUCUUCGGCUCGCUGCCCGGUACGGACCUGCCCAGCCUGGCUCGGGUCUGCACCACCUUCCGCCGCAUCCUUCGCACCGACACCAUCUGGCGGAGGCGCUGCCGUGAAGAAUACGGCGUCUGUGAGAACCUGCGGAAGCUGGAGAUCACCGGCGUGUCCUGUCGAGAUGUGUAUGCCAAACGUAUAAACCCACGAGUGAAGUCGGGGCGUUUUAUGAAAAUCCUUCCCGACUACGAGCACAUGGAGUACAGAGAUGUUUACACCUGCCUGCUGCACCGAUACCGCCACAUCUUGGGCUUAUGGCAGCCGGACAUCGGGCCCUAUGGGGGACUGCUGAAUGUGGUGGUAGAUGGCCUGUUCAUCAUCGGGUGGAUGUACUUGCCACCUCAUGACCCUCACGUUGACGAUCCAAUGAGAUUCAAACCCCUCUUCAGGAUUCAUCUCAUGGAGAGGAAAUGUGCAACAGUUGAGUGUAUGUAUGGCCACAAGGGGCCUCACAAUGGUCAUAUCCAGAUCGUAAAGAAGGAUGAGUUCUCCACGAAAUGCAACCAGACAGAUCACCAUCGGAUGUCAGGGGGAAGGCAAGAGGAAUUCCGGACGUGGCUACGGGAAGAAUGGGGUCGGACUCUGGAAGACAUCUUCCACGAACACAUGCAGGAGCUCAUCUUGAUGAAGUUCAUCUACACCAGCCAAUAUGACAACUGCUUGACGUACCGACGCAUCUACCUCCCUCCUAGCAGCCCUGAUGACCUUAUAAAGCCAGGUCUCUUCAAGGGGACGUAUGGGAGCCAUGGGCUGGAGAUUGUCAUGUUGAGCUUUCAUGGAAGGAAAGCCAAGGGGACUAAAAUCACCGGAGAUCCCAACAUCCCAGCUGGGCAGCAGACCGUGGAGAUCGACCUUGCGCACCCUCUGCGGCUACCUGACAUCGAGAACCUUCGUGAUUUCAGCGAGCUCUCCCGCAUCGUCCUUGAGGUCCAGGAGCAGGUGCGUCGCGAGGAGCAGGAGGAGGAGCAGCGGCAGCAGGGAGAGGACCGCUCCCAGCAGGCUGCCUCCCAGCCUGCUGCACAGCCCCUGGGAGGAGGAGAAGGUGCCGAGGGGGAAGAGACUGCAGCUGGGGCCGAGGGGGCAGCCCAGGACAAGGCACCAGCUUCCCAGCCUUUUGUGCUGCCCAUGGGAGUCAUCUCAAGGAACGAAGACUAUCCCCGGACCUGCCGCGUUUGUUUUUAUGGGACGGGGCUUAUUGCUGGCCACGGCUUCACCAGCCCCGAGCGAACACCGGGUGUUUUUGUUCUCUUCGACGACGAUCGCUUUGGAUUCAUCUGGCUGGAGCUGAAGUCCUUCAGCCUCUACAGCCGGAUCAAGGUCUCCUUUCAGAACGCCGAAGCGCCUUCCCGUGAGGCUUUUGAUGAAAUGCUGAAGAAUAUUCAGUCGCUGGCUACUUGACGGGUGAUGUGUGAUGGACAGGGCUAGGGGUUGCGAAGGCUGCUGCACUCCCCAGCCAAGGAUGGGAUGGGGAUUCCUCGUUCUCGGUACCUCUGAAAAAAGAAAGCAUGCACUUUUAAUAAAGCCUUUUUACCCCAAAUGUACACAUCCCUGUUAAAAUAUCCGUGACUGCCCUUUCCUCCCUGUCACCCCACACUGCUCCCUCGCAGUCCUUGGUGCCCAGUCUGUAGUGUAGCUUUGUACAGCUGAAGGGAUCCUGCAGAGGAGGACGUAGAGCUUUGUUACUGCAAAAAGAAUGCACUGGAACAAAAAUAUCUCGCGGUCAGAGGUGGAUCAGAGAACAUCUAAUCGACUGGAUGGACGCAAACCCUCUGCUGUGACCAUUAGCAGUCUCCCAUGGAACGAGCCCUCCUUCAGGGAGGGGACUUUGAAGCCUUUGCUGUGCUCCUGGCCAAUCUGUCCUGCUGGGAGAGCUGCUUUACCCUUGUGAAAUCCCGCGUGGUCCCCUGCUGCAGGCUGGCUGGCUGCUUAACGAGCAAUUGCAUCAGUGGUGACAAAGCACAUCCUCCUCUCCAGAAACCUUCCUCUUGGUUCAGUGUCAUCAACAGGGGCUGGUUUAGUAUACGUGCAUCUGUGGCUGAGUUACUGGUGCGGGCAGUUUCCUUCUGAGAAAUUCCCCCAGCUUGGCAGCGAGGAGGUUGGCAGUGCACGUGGCGUUGCCCUGUGGCUUCUGGAGCUCGGUGGCUGAGCUGUCCCUGCAGCUCAGGGGCUGGGGGGCUCCCUGAGCACAGAGGAUUCUUGUUUCUUAGAGGUACACAACUGGAAAUGAGUAAACUGCAGAAGCUGGUACAUUCAGAACUGGUUUUGUACCUGAAAAGCUCAUCUUAAGUCUCUUAAAAUGGGACUGAAAAUCUAAAGGAAGGGAAAAAAAAGUGAAGUGAGCCCAAAUACAGCCUUUUUGACUCCCUUUUUGACUCCUGUCUGCAGUGGCUAGCAGAAAGUGCCAAUGUCACUGGUGCUGACGUGACCCCAGUGAAGUGUCGUUCUGGCAUCAGGUUGCCUUGCACAGUCUGAAGGAGAGAUGAAUUCGUACGUUGCCGUGGCUCGUUCUGGUGCUUUUUAUGGUCGGUGCUGACAGGUCGGUGCUGCUGCUCCGCUCACAACCCUUCUGUUCCCUUUCUAGCCGUGCUCGUUUCAUCCCAGAUGAUCGCUCCUUGCACAGAAAGCUCCUGGGCUUAAUUUCUUUCCGUGAUGCCUGCGUUCUCCGUGUGGCAGACCUGAGCUCCGCUGGGAGGUGUGGGCUGCUGGCGAGGGAGCCACGUUCCCCCUAGACCGGCCUUCGCAGCAGCGUGCCGUAGGAAAAUCCUGGCUAGUGCUAAUCUGCAGGCUGGGAGUUGUGCCGUAAGCCAUCUCGGCGCUCGCAUCGGUGCUCUCUGUUGCUAAUCCUAUGUCGGAAGAGGUGACGGGGUCCUUGCGUGGGGAAGAGAGCAGCUUGUAAGGAAGGUCGUGGUUGCGAGUGAAAGAAAGAAAUCCUUCGGAGUUCUCUGGCUGUGGCGGUGAACUACGGUUCUCUUCCUAAUUCCAGCUGGAUCGGUUUGUCUAACAAAGCCCUGUCUUUACAUCUUCCGCAGGUUUUGCUUUGUAAAUGUCCGUACACGCGUUGUGGUGAGGAUUUGGGCCCCCUCUUAUGGAGAAGCUUCAGCCGCUGCCUGGCUCCACGGGCUGCGAGCAGCUCUUUAUUCGCGCUCUCACAAGGGCUUUUUGCCAUUUCUGGCUCUCGAGCGUUCCCUCAAGCUGCGUGAGAGGCGAGUCUCCAGCAGGGAUUUUGAGCAGAAGGUCACGUCAGUCACAGGAUUAAUUCCCGUCUCUUUGGAUACGGUUUCACAAGCCUCUGAGAAUUUGAAGGUGAUUUGGGGCGCUUUUUUUCUUUGCUUCCCGCUGCCUCGUCAGUAGCAGAAAUCCUGCCUCUGCGUUAGAGGUGAGCGUCUGAAGUGCUGUUACCGUUCUGGUGCGUGAGCUCUAAGAAACUGGUUUUGAGCAGCCUGCUGGAGGUGUUCCCGCUGGUGUCAGCAGAGGGAAGAGUCGGCUUGGAUCUCAUCCCAGCCCCACGCUGGGCCAGGAGAGCUGCUGGAGGGAGGCAGGGUGGCGGUUCUGAGCCUUGGCACGCGGGCACAGAGGUGAGCUGGAGCUGAAAGCAGGCACCUCAGCCUUUUGCUCUGCCUGAUGGGCUGUGUGCGGAAGAAAAGCACGUGCUUAAUCUUGCGGACACAGGUUUCCAGCUUCGUUAUGCAAAUCAGGGAUACCUGACGACACUAGGAGUCUGUCUGGCACCCAAGUGGCCAGUUUAUUUUGGAGCUCAGCAUCAGGCUGGUGAGAAAGCUGCUUUGGGCUCUCCUAAGAGAGCCUCAGGUGAUGAGAGGUCCCUCAGGCAGCCGUUUUAAUCGCUUGUCCUAAAGCCACCUCUGCUUCAAUUGCUGUUUUAUCUGUGAUUCUGAUUUGUGCACUCCUCCUUCCUUCAACACCCCCACUCACCUGACAAAAAAAUGAAAUUUUAUGUGACUGUCUUAAUUAUUAAGGUUUUGCCUUCCUGAGCUUGAAAGCCCAGCCUGUCUGGAUGCAGCACAGCUGCUGGGCCUGAGACCCGAGUCACCCCCCUGUGCGUAGAGCUGUUUUAGUUGCUCUCCUCCCUGAACUUGCCGUGUUGGGUUUGCUGAGCGUGGAAAGGCGUCGGUGGGAUUCCCCGCCGUGCCGUCAGACGCUCGUAGAAGCCUCAGCUCACGUUUUCCUUCCUAUCAGGAGCCUGCUGGGGGUGCAGGCCCUCCGGCAGCAGAUGGCAGGAGUGCUUUGCUCAGGUCUGUUCUGCGGGGGACCUGCUGGGCUGCUGUUUGCACGUCCUGUGCCUCGGCUGCUCCGCUGGUAGCUCGCCACUUCUGGACCUGUUCGGCGGCAGAGGUCAGGGGCUGCCUUCUGGAGGCCAGAGCUGCUCGUCUGCCCGGGGAGGAAGGCUUUGCAGAGGCAGGGCGUGCCGCGGGAGCCGUUCAGACGUCGGCUCUGCCUUUGUAGGAGCACCUUUGUGGCGUGCCGACCGGCCUCAAAACGUCAGAGUGUGCCAGUCCUGAUUAGAGGCAGAGCUGCAGUACGCAGGGGCUUUAUUCCGUCUAGAGCACAGGCACAUGAAAAGAGCAAAUUCCGUAUUAACGCCGCUGCUUUUCUUUCUCUUCCCAUCUUCUGCUCCUCAAAGCCUUGCAGGCUUUUGCGCGUGGUAUUUCGGGAGCAGAUUUUCUCUGCUUUGAGCGAGGAAAGCUGGCAGGGUGGUGGAUCUGGAGAGAGUGGCAUAAAUGCUCUGGGUGCUGCUGUGCCUCUUGUGGGCCCCUUGGAUCUGCUGCUGUCAGAGAAGCAGAACGAGGCCACGGGGAGAUCUGACUUCAGCUCUGAAGGCUUUGGGAGUGGAGAACGAGCGAGAGGAGCAAAAUUUUGGCACCGACAGGUGAAGUGGUAAAAGGGGCAGGAUGAGCAGUCUGCCCCGGGUCAUGGUGGGUGCUGCCAGCCAAGCAAUUCUACAAUCCUAGCAGCAAUUUCUGCUGCUGCUGCGCCCAUCCCUUGUAGAAGAACUUGGAGACAAUUGUCUUUAUCUCUUGAUUCCAGACGCUGGGGAAGACGGAACUCACCUUGUCGGGGUUAAGAAUACUCUCGGUGGAAGGCUUUGGGAAUAAAAGUGUUUGCAAUUAGGUUGCAGAGCAGCGUUACCCAAAUAACCACAGCAGGACCCAGGGCUCGAUUCUAAUUUCGGAGCAUUAAGCAAGCGACUUACGUGCUCGAGCCGCCGUGCUCCUGGAUGGCGCGUGCUCUGUUGUCAAAACACGAGGGUUUGGCCAGCUGGAAAACAGAAGCAUCACAGAUCCACCCGGCUUGUUUGUGCUGGGGCUGGUUUCGCGGCUAUAAAUACGCCGUGAUCGAGCAUUGUGGUUGCAGGAGGACCUAUUUUGGUCUGCACGGGCUUGCCAGGUGGUUGUUUUGAUGGAGGAUGGACAGAAUGACUGCAGCUUUGCCUACCAGCUUUCCUCCACAGCGACCACGGAAAUGGCAAUUGAGUAGGAAACUUGUACCGGGGAGAAGGCAAAUCCACGUGGAAGCUUGCUUGGAGGUAGAACUACAGGAAAAA